CACAACACCUAUCAUGCGUUUUUUCUAUGACAUGUUUUUUUUUUGUCAAGAUAACUCAAAGUUAUUUUUUUUUUUAUUUUAAAAAAAAAAGAAAGGGCAAUACAUAGCUUUGAUUUUUAAGUUAAAGUUCAUUAAUGAACAAUGCAGCCAUUUCUCAUAAAUGUGGAAAUUGUGUCACUGUUUCCACAGCAUCAAAUUGUAAUAUUGAGACUCAGACGGAGUUGCGUGUUACAGUGUACUAUAAUCGACUUCAAAUACAGCUGAAGCGGGAAUGCGAGGAGCGAGCAUCUGUUUUUAUAAGACGUUUAGAAAAAAAUAUUUUUGAGAAAUUGAGUACAGAAGAAAAUAAGAAAGGAAAGAGACAAAAAAUUAAAAAAGCUAAAUCUCUUGUUGAAAAAGAGAACAAGCUGAUUACAGAUUAUACAAAAGCGAAAAACAUGAACAUUUCUUUUUGUGAUGCUUGUGGUAUUGUUUUGGAUUUUGAAGAUUUAACCGUUCUUCAGUUGUUACAGAAAUCGAACAAUAUAAUUCUAGAUUUUUUAGAAGAACAAACUUACCUACCUGUUAUGUGGAGUGGAUUGACUAGAAAAUGUCCGAUCACGCUUAAACCGUUUUUAAAAAUUGGAUUUCCAGUUUUACUUAAAGGUCUUAUGAAACCCGUUCAGGAUAUAUGUGUGAAUGAAAAGUUAAAGUUUUUUUGGUGGAAGGUUUCUGACAUAAAGGAUUGGGAAGACAAAAAUAUACCAUAUGUUUUCAUGUGUACUGCACAAAAAAAAAACCAAGUGUGCUAUCUUUUAGAAAAUGAAAAGACUGUUGUUGUGACUUUACUAAAUGAAGGUCACGAUUUCACUCCAACCACUAAUGAGUGCGAUACUACCCUUUAUGUUACUGUACAUUCAUCACUUUUGCAUUGCUUGGGCUUUGCAUGCCAUCUGGGAAAAGUUGCAUCUUCUACUGGUUUGUCAUGGAACGACAAACGUUUCGAGCGCUUUUCUAAAUAUCCAGUACAGGAUUCUAAUGCUUUUCGCAUUGCCUCAUUUAAUAUUUUAGCUCCUGAGUACGCUCGAACUGCGGAGGCACAGUUUAAUUUUUUUCGGUAUUGCCCGUCACAUAUAUUGAAUUUUUCGUACCGUCUUCCGCUUAUCAAUAAAGAACUUUUAACCCUAGAGUGUGAUAUUAUUGGGUUGCAAGAAUGCUCAACAUCGACCUAUGAACAACAAUUUCUUCCAAAUUUUUCUGAUCGUUAUAAUAUACGUUUUACUGCGAAAGAGUGCUAUGUACCGGAAGGCUUGUGUAUUUUUUAUGAUAAGAAGAAAUUUAACGAAAUCGACUUUUGUGAAUCAGUUUUCAAAAAAUCGUUGCGAGAGGAUAACGUGGAAUUGUUUGACACUAUCAAAAAAAAAUGGCCAAAUUUUGUUAAAAAUGUUUUAUCAAAGCUUAGCACGGUUUUUCAAUUUUUAGUUCUUCAGCUUAAGAACGACACGAACAAAAAUGAUCAUUCGGUUUUACUUAUUUCCAACACCCAUCUGUUUUUUCAUCCCCAGGCUUCCCAUAUACGCAAUCUUCAAAUCCAUGUCAUGCUCUGUCAACUGGAGAACAUGCGAUUAAAAUAUCUAAAAAAAGGAUACUCAGUAUCCGUUAUUUGCCUUGGUGAUUUUAAUUCGUUACUAUCUUCUUCCGCAUACACUUAUAUGGCAAAACAAACUAUUUCGGAAGAUAAUCCUGACUGGAAUCUUUUUAACACCUUCAUAUUUGGCUCCGAAACGACAGAAAUUUCCUCCUCAAAAGCUCAAGAUGCCACGAAUGAACAAAAGGUUUCUACGAAAAUUCACUCCUUAAAAUUAAAUCUUAAAUGGCCCCGAUACUUACCCAAAUUAGUAGAUGCUUAUGAAAAUGAAGACGAACGCAUCACAACUCUUGUUCAUAAUUUUUCUGGCACUUUAGAUUAUAUUUUUUAUUCACCCGACACACUCAAACUUCUUCGUGUUCUACCUGUUGCUCAACGUGAAGAUCUUGACUCCAACACGGGGUUACCGUCCUAUAUAUAUCCUUCAGAUCACUUAUGUAUUGCAAUAGAAUUGCAAGCAUUUCCCAUAAAAUACUUUGUUUAAACUGCUAACGCCUUUCACUUCAACGAAAAAAAUGUUUUGCCUUGUUAUAAGUAGCAAAGUACUUAUAGUAAAAGGUUUUAAAUGGAUUUGCCGAAAUGUUUUAAUGCUUUUUAGUAAUAAGAUGCAAAAUUGUUUAAACAUUUUUACUAGCUUUAUACUAAGAGCUGAUAAAUUUUUUUUUGUAACGUCAUACUAUUUAUGCAAGCUCACGGGCGUUACAAACAAAUAAUGAUGGAAGUGUGUGUU